ACAAACUCAGCACGUGAAUACGUAUGUCACAUGCACACGCGGCCGCCUGGUAGCAUAUACGUAGAUUACCAGAUAAUAUCCGGCACAAUUUCGUUGAGGAUCCUGGCAUACUUCGCUUUACUAAUUUCAACUAUAAUCCCGAAGCCUAAAUUCGUGUGAAAAAGAUGUCGAGAUACGAAAGAGAGAGACCGUUUGAUUCCUCAGGACGAUCAGAUAGAAGGGGAGGCGGAGGGUUUCGUGGAGGAAGUGGUAGUUUCGGUGGAGGUGGACCACCUCGAUUUGGUGGACGUGGGGGUGGUCGAGGUGGUGGUAUGGGAGGUGGUGGAUUGAGAGAAAAGUUUGGACAGCCUGGAGAGAGACUAAGAAAGCCCAGAUGGGAUCAAGCUAAGCUUACACCAUUUGAGAAGAACUUUUAUAAGGAACAUCCUGACGUAUCAAACAGACCUCAGGUCGAUAUAGAUCGUUUCUCAGGAGAACGGAGUAUAACAACCAAGGGACGGAAUUGUCCAAGACCAGUCUUCAGGUUCAGCGAGGCUUGUUUUCCAGAUUAUGUUAUCAAUGAACUUCAAAAAUGUGGCUUCACUGAGCCAACAGCCAUCCAGGCUCAAGGAUGGCCAUUAGCCAUGAGUGGUAGAGACAUGGUUGGUGUUGCUCAGACAGGUUCAGGCAAAACACUGUCGUACAUAUUACCAUCCAUUGUACACAUCAACCAUCAACCAUUUCUUGAGAGAGGAGAUGGUCCAAUCUGUCUGGUUUUAGCUCCCACCAGGGAACUUGCACAGCAGGUGCAGAGUGUGGCCUUUCAAUUUGGUAGGACCUCCAAAAUAAAGAGCACAUGUGUUUAUGGUGGUGCGUCAAAGGGGCCUCAGCUUCGCGAUCUAGAAAGGGGAAGUGAGAUAGUCAUUGCAACUCCAGGUCGUCUUAUUGAUUUCUUGGAAGGUGGCAAAACAAAUUUAGCAAGAUGUACUUACGUUGUCCUGGAUGAGGCUGAUCGAAUGUUGGACAUGGGAUUUGAGCCCCAAAUAAGAAAGAUCAUGGAACAAAUAAGGCCUGACAGACAAGUUCUGAUGUGGAGUGCUACAUGGCCAAAGGAAGUAUGCUCUCUAGCUGAGGAUUUCUUGAGGGACUAUCUUACUGUCAAUAUUGGAUCUCUUACAUUAUCUGCUAACCAUAACAUCCUGCAGAUAAUAGAUGUUUGUGAUGACUUCCAAAAGGAUGAAAAGUUGAUUAAACUACUGGAACAGAUCAUGGGAGAAAAGGAAAACAAGACAUUGAUCUUUGCCGAAACAAAACGAAGAACAGAUGAGCUAACCAGAAAAAUGCGCAAGGAUGGAUGGCCAGCUAUGUGUAUACACGGUGACAAAUCUCAACCAGAGCGUGACUGGGUGCUCAAUGAAUUCCGCUCAGGCAAGGCACCCAUUCUUGUAGCUACUGAUGUUGCUUCCAGAGGCUUGGAUGUGCAUGACAUCAAGUUUGUCAUAAACUAUGACUAUCCCAAUUCUUCGGAGGACUAUGUACACCGCAUUGGACGAACAGCACGUAGUGAGAAUACUGGUACGGCAUACACAUUUUUCACAUCCAACAACGCCAGGCAGGCCAAUGAGUUGAUCCAAGUCCUUCAGGAAGCCAAGCAGAAGGUUCAUCCUAAGCUGAUACAACUGGCCCAGAGUGCUCGUGCUUUUGGCAGAGGACGACAGCGUUAUCGUCAAGGAGGCAGCCAUCGUGGAUCCUCUGAUGGUUAUGGAGGCAGUAAUAGGGGACGGAAUGCUGGCUACAAUGGAACAACAGUCAAUGAAAAGUAUGGCAACAAUGACUUCUCUCAUACAAAUUCUAGGGGAGGGGGCAAUCCAGGCAAUGUGGGUGGAAGGGGAGGCUUUCGAGAAAGAGGUGGAGAGUACGGUGCGAGCCGUAGAGAUGGCCCAUAUGGUGAAGGGAAUAAUGGAAAUGGGCCCUUUGGUAAUGGUAAUCAACGCAAGUCUGGCCCACCGUCUGGAUUUCAAGGAGCCUACUCUGAACAUGGUAUGCAUACUGACAAACAUAGCAGCCAUGGAAAAGAACAAAGGGGUUUCCAACCACCAACCAAUCAAGGUCCACCUAAUCACCCUGGAAGAAGACCAGCAAUGCAUAUGAACCAACCUCAGCAGUUUAAUAUUGCUGGACCAAAACAUAUAAUCAAAUCAGAUCAAACCCAGGAACAGGGAAUAGCACAGCAAAGGAACAUGAUUCAACAUGCAGGGGGUCAUAAUUCACAGCAACCCUCAAGGCAAAAUGUUCAGCAGCAGCAGCAACAGCAGCAGCAGCAGCAGCCCAAAAUACAGCUACCCAAACAAAAACAGAAAAUUGACACAAGUACAUUGCAGCAACAAGCAGCAGCCUUUGCCGCACAACAGCAGGCACAGCAAGCUCAACCACAAACAGCAAUGAGCAGCCAGCAGUUGCAAGCACCUGCAGCUGCUGGUAUGGAUCCUGCAGCGUAUACAGCAGCACAACAGCAGUAUAUGCAGUACUAUCAGGCAAUGGCUUAUUGGCAGCAGUAUCAGCAAAGUACUGCCCCCUCUGCAAACAAGUAAUAUGUUUAACAUCAACAGUCAUAUACACCCCCACACAUGCACAAAAUCCUGCAGAUUUGGGGGGUAGUUGCAUCUUUCAUAUUCCCUUUGCCAAGAACAUGCAUGUACAUAUUACCUAACCUGUUUGUGGUUAGGAUGCGAGUCUCGAAUAAGUAGUUUGUGGGUGAGAAAUACCUUAAGAAUGAGAGGGCCACAACUUGGUCCAGCUGUGUCACAAUAGCAAUUAUCCCCCAAAAGGGCUCUGCUUAGACAGUGCAUACACAAUUUCUUCUGUGGUUUAACAAUUAAAUUUACAGAUCUGUUUAUGUUCGUUCAACCUGCCUGACAAUAGAUCCAGAUAAUAUUUUUUUGGCUUAAAGUUCAGCCAGAAAGCCAAACAGAAACAUACUAAGAUAAUUUGUAAUCUCAAAAGAAAAAUAGUGCUUUGGUUCACAUCGUUUUAAACUUGGUCACCGAACAGAAAAACCAGACUUGGCUGUAGCAGUUUCACUGUUGCCGUAGGGAGGAUAAUUACUUUCUUUAAAGGCGGAAUAAUUGUGCAUUUUUGUACAGUUUCUUUGAACCUUGAUUCAUCAAUAUUUCAUAGUUUGGUUAUAUUGUCCAGUUUUUAUUGUUACACUAUAUUUCAUGCUGAAAAAUGUAGCAUAUAAGAACGGCAUGUUGAUUCCGAUUGAUGUACUGAGUUUUCACUUGCUAUACAAAGCAGUUAAAUAAAGAUUUCAGUAUUUGACAAAAUGUAGUAUAUUGGUUUCAUGUUAAGUAAAUAAUAAUAAUGUAAUCUGAUGAUUUAUUCAAGACUCGUUAAGUUUUAUUUACAAAAAGUCAGUUCAAAGCUCUGAGAAAUGGAACUGAAUGGAUUUAAACUUAAGAUUGAGCUUUUGAUCUUGCAUUGAGAGAAGUGUGUGGCUUUGUGGGGGGUGCUCUGCCCUUAAAUUAUGUUGAAAGUUUUCUCUACUAAGGCAGUUAUUAAGAGCAAUUAUUUUAGCUUGGUUCAGGGGCCAAGUAGGCCUUGCAUUACAGUGGUCUAUACCUGCAGUAGGAGUGCAAGUGCUUCUUUACCUGUGCAUGUCAUAUUUGUGUUUCUCAAUAGCAUAUCUGAAGUGUUUUGAGAAGUGUUAUGUCAAAUGCACCAUGGCUUUGGGGGGUAACGUUUUUCCGUGACUGUUUUUUUACACUACAGGUGGGGAUCCUAUAAAUCCACCAGUGGUUACAACAGAUAAAAAGAACCCUGCUGUGGUGCUUGCAUAUGAGGCUAUCAAGUGUGAAGAUGACCAAGGCAUGAGAAGGCAGUAAUCAUGGACAACAGACUGUAUUUUAUUAUAGCAUUCCUUAUGGCAUGUCAGGAGCACUCCGCUGCAGUCCAGACCAAAAACUAAGCAUUUUAGCCAUUUUUAAAUCUGUGAUCCAGUGUGUACACAUGUACAUUUGUCUUUUCUGUGUAAAAAAAAAUAGAGCACCCUUUGUUCAACAGCCAUAGUUGUAGGUUUGAAUAUAUUUAAGCUGUGUCUUUGUCCAAUGGAAAUCAAUAUGGCUGUGUAAAAAAGUAGUUUUAAUAGACAUAUACAUGUACACAUAAUAUGUGUGAGGUGUGAGAUGUUUAAAAAGGGGAAUUUUUGACUGGGAAUCUCUUGUCUAUUGAUCCUAUCAGGAUGCCUUUUUGGCAUGCUACCCUGCACUGUUACAUCUAUACACAUUGCCUAAUUUAGCUUUGAACAUGGCAGAGCUUCAGAAUUUUCAGAUGCUUCCAAGUAUGAUAGGUCAAGUAAAUUUUCACUGAAUAUGACUGAAGUGAAGUCUAUAAAUUAUCAAUUUUGAUUUCUCAUGAAAAAAGAAACUAGCUCAAAAAUACGGAAAAUUGUAAAUGGUUGUUCAUGUCCAUGGUAGCAAUAUUGGAUUUCCAAAAUGCACUACAGUCGCCCAAGUAAGUGUCAAAAGGAAAUCCUCUUAACAUGUUUGAGUAUUUAAACAAUAUGAUAAUUAAAAUGUCGGUUUAGUAAAGUAAAUAUAGGAUAGUACUGAUUUAACACUUCUAUUUAUGCAUUUUAAUUGAACAGUGCUUUGGUCUUUGAUAAUGUACACUUUGCUUUGACAAGCGCGCGGUUCUGCAUCGACACGCCCCGGCCUUGGUAACAUUAGUCACCUUGUGCACAGAGUCUUCUCUAAUUAUGUCGUACAAAGCAGCGGGAAUGAAAAUACUCCGUAGUCUCUGACAACAGUGAAAAGGUGAUGUUUUACUGGGUAACAUGAGGUGAUGUACUAUGUGCAGUCCAUCGUCAUAAAUAAACUGUUUCAGUAUGUCAUGUGAACAGUUAUCAACCAAUGAAAUUUCAAAAUCUGAUACUGAAUGUCAUGUUGAUCAGCCACAGUGUUAUCCCCCACCCAGCCCAGUCAGUCUGAUAGGAUUAAGGACAGGAAAGAUAUAUUUUCCCAGUAUGUAUUUUAGUUAGAGAAUAUCUGCCAUGUUCAAAACAGACGUUAAUAGGAAUUCUAUCAUUUCACCCACGGUCUUGUCUUAACUUUGCCUUUUAAAAGUGUUUUGGGAAAAAGUAUAGGUACAGUUUUUGUUGUUUUUAAAAGGAGUAAGUAAUAAAGUCUAGAGCUACUUGACAAGGGCACGGAUCUGUGACUAGGGUUACUAAAGCUUUUGACUUUACCUAGUUACCACAUUAUGUAAUCACUUCCUUGGAGGUGGUCUGCACAUGUUGGAUAUUUUUUAAGUUUUUGUGUUCUGUUUUCAAUUAAAAUCAAUAUUUGAUAAUUUUA